GCACAUGGGGAACCUGAAAAUGGGAAAUUAGGAGGAAAAGUGUUGCAAGAUGGGUCGGGUAAAACUGGACAACAUGUUGGUACAAGACCUAAGAAAAAGAAGUAUAAAUUGAAGAAAAUUAAACAGACAUCGGCCACGGACACAAGGCCUAGACUGUCACCGCCGGUCUCCGUCGUUACACCCCUACACAACAUGGUAGGCCAGGUCAACAGGGCCAUCGGCCACGACAGGGGACGGAACCCAGUCCUGGAUUUCGUGGCAAACAGAAGACCGAAACCUGUAGCUGAAUCCAAGAGCAGUGAUGGCCUCACAAAUGAAUUCAAUGAACUCAACCGUCUCCCCCAAAAUGAUCAUCCGGCGUCGGACCAGAAGAACGGGGACAUGAAGGCCAGGUGGGACAAGGAUAUGUUCUUUAUAAGAUGGACGUAUGGUUCCCUAGGGGAUCAGAUGGCCGUCCGCCGGGCGCCCCACGCCAGUACUGGCGCACCAUGGCCGCUGCCUCAUCGUUAUGCCAGGAACGAACAAAAGGUGUUUAAGGUGGACGAAAGCAGGUUUAAAUUCCUGAUAAAGAGUCACUCCUGUGAUAUAAUCGACCAGGCGAUAGAGCGGUUCAGGAAACAUAUUGUGGAGGAUGCUGUGGAAGAUUUGUAUGAUAAUUUGCAGAAUGCUGAAAACACGAAUAUAAAUGACCCCCGCAUUAAGUAUGACAGUGAUGUGUACAAGCUGGCCCCUGAACUCAUGGAGGUGGAGGUCGUCAUUAAUAAACCCUGCGUCAAAUACCCAAGUCUUGAGAUGGACGAGUCAUAUAGCAUCACGAUCAAAGACAGCAGGAAGCGCAUCGUUGCCAACGAGGUGUGGGGAGCUCUACGUGGCCUCGAGACUUUUAGCCAGCUUGUCUGGAAAGGUACAGAUGCUAAACUGUAUGUGAUGGAGACUAUAGCUAUAGACAAGCCUCGGUUUCCUCACCGAGGUGUCCUAAUUGAUACAGCACGGCACUUCAUCUUCAAGGACGUCAUCUACGACAUUCUGCGUGGCAUGGAGCAGAACAAGCUGAAUGUGUUUCACUGGCACAUGACUGACGACCAGUCGUUCCCCUUCCAGAGUGAGGCCUUCCCCGAGAUGAGCGCCAAGGGGGCGUACCACUCUUCCUACGUCUACACACACGAAGAUAUCGUGGACAUUGUUGAGUUUGCAAGACUUCGAGGCAUCCGGAUUGUUCCUGAGUUUGACGUACCAGGUCACACGUACGCCUGGGGGCACGGUCGUCCAGAGCUGAUCACCAAGUGCUACAAUAAAAAUUAUCCAACAUAUGGAAUGGUAGGCCCCAUCGACCCCAGCAAGGAUUCCACGUAUGCUUUCCUUAAGGAAUUGUUCAGGGAAGUCCUUGACCUAUUUCCGGACCAGUUCAUUCAUGCUGGUGGGGAUGAGGUUCCAGCGGACUGUUGGAGGGCGAACGACGAGGUGAUGAAGAAUGGGGAGAGACUGGUCAAGGCCCAGAGUGGCCUGCUACAAAACCUGGAGACAAAGAUUAAGAAGACUGUAAACAGACAGCCAGGUCUACCACUUGACACGGUGACAUUGUGGGAGUAUUUCCAGAAUAGAUUCAUGAAGGACGUUCAUGCAGUCAGCAAGUCUCGCGUCCAGGGGGUCAAGUUCAUUCUUUGGCAAGAAGCCUCUACAAAAACAAACAUCAAGAUGGUGAACGACACAAUCGCCGAGAUAUGGAUGGGGGACGCCAUGUUGAUGCGCGAGGCGAUACAGAAGGGAUACCGAGUGUUGUACUCUGCGUGUUGGUACCUCGAUAUGAUCCAGUUUGGGCCGGACUGGCCCAAGUACUACACCUGUGAUCCGGCAUUCCCAGGUCAGGGCGUGGACGAGACGCGAGUGUUGGGGGGAGAGGCUUGUCUAUGGGCGGAGUACGUCGACAACGAGAAUCUCAUGACCAGACUCUGGCCGAGGGCUUCGGCGGCAGCAGAACGUCUGUGGAGUGCCAGAGAUGUGAAGAGUGUCGAUGAAGCAGCACCACGUCUUCAGGAACAGCGCUGUCGCAUGUUAAGUCGUGGUCUCAGCGUUGACACCAUCAGCGGCCCCGACUACUGCCUCCGUAAAGGACGUGUUGGCGGCCAUGAAUGGACAGUUCCAGGGGUCUUCACCGUUCGGAGACCGUAUGGGAGCGUGGACAUGUUCAAGGACUCCAUGUUGGUGAUGGCGCAGGUGGUGGUGGUGAUGUUGUUGUUCGGCUUCAUCCUCAAGACCCAUCUUCCCUCCCGCGUCAUCGAAACCGUUCGUCACACCAGGCACUCAUCAAUUCUCGUGUCCUUCCUUGGGCUGAUCGGGGUCUCUAUGUUGAUCUACUCGGGGCUGUGGGCUUGGAGCAUCUCGUAAACGAGUGGAAAACAACAUUCACGAAUCAUGUCAUUCCGGAUCUUCUCGUAAGGAAUGGAAAGAGACAAGUGUUGCCUUGAUGUUCUUCACAUGAAACCAGCAUGUCACACGGGUCGCCGUUUAUCCCACAAAUAGGGGAUAUAAGUGUAUAUCAUAUGAGCCAGUGUGUGAUAUGGCAUCAUAUUUAACGCACUGUGAUACAUUUGUUUUGUGUUAUUUCCAUCACCACGUCAUGAUGGAUGGAUGUGUGCUGUGUUGCUGCAAGAGGGAGACAAGUUUAGCAAACGCCAUGUUGUACAAAUUCAAACUGAUCUCAAUAUUAACAAUGCCAUUGCUUAUCAGAAUGAUGUCAUCUCACGUCAAAGUAAUAUGGUUGGGCUUUUGUUUAUAUUUUGAUGUAAACAUUUACAAAAAGGGCAUUAGUGAAUGGUCUUUCCGUCGUGAUGUUACCAAGUAAUGACGAGAGACGAUUCUGAAACUCUUGUCUUGGCGUGACUCCAGGCGUCUUUAUAUCACAUUACGUUUUUAUUCAUUUAAUAAAAAUACAAACUGAUACAGCGAAGAGUACACUGAGCAUAACUGCAGAGUUUGAGAUCAUACUUGAAACUUGCGAGAUGUUAUUUUCAUGGCAGGAGUCAGCUAUGUCAGAGAUCCACUGUGAGAAUUCUGUAAGGACCCUUUGUGUUUGAAAGGGAAGAGCUUGGAGUUUGGUUUCAAGAUGAAAAAAAGAACUAUUUAUACUACAAACCCUCCAAUUGUCCAUCUUAUUUUGCAAAAGUUUCAGUUGAAACAUGUUCGAAAGGAAAAAAGCUGUAUGCAUUGACCGUGUGCCUGAAGUGUCUGAUGAUUGCUACAUACACACAGGGCCCAGUGGUAAAACGUUUGCUCAUCACGCCGAAGGCCUAGGUUCCAUUCCCCACAUGGGUACAGUGUGUGUAGCCCAUCUCCGGUGUCUCCCAGAAAGAAAGGACAUCCAACGUGAAGAAGAGCCACUUCUACAGGACAUGCCACAUUGGCACCAAUAGUGUCUAAAGUGCCAUUCUUAACCAUCCAAAUAUUUAUUUUUAUACAACUGUAUAUGUGUUUUCCGUUGGUGCCUGGAGUUCCAAUGCUUGCCGUACAAAGGGUGUUGAUGGGUUGCGAUCCUCGACCUAUUAGGUAACGGUUGGCUGAUGUGUCAUCCAAUCAUUGUGAAAUCGGAAUUCGAACCCAGAAUAUGUUCUGAUAUUGAUUCUUUGUUUGUCUGCACGAUGUCUGUGUUCGUGGGUUUCACGUCUCAAAAACUGGGUCCGUUCAAUAAAGCGAUAGUAGUGCUAUGAUGAUUGUAACUCCCAUACUUUAACAUGGACUUAUGACUGUCAUAGCACUAUGAUUGCUUUGUGGAUCGAGGGUCCUGCAUCACUUAAGGCUUUUCUACCACAUGAAGCGGACACGACGGAUACAGCGGUGAUCACCCAAACCACGUGACCACGCACUGUUACAUAACGUACGAAUGAGGCACAGCUGUUGGUUUGGUCUUCCACGGAACAGUCGGAAACAGUGGAAACAUUAUUUUGUUGUUUAUAGUCGCACUUGUUGAAACGUGGUGUUAGAAAAAAAAUUAUGUAAUUGUGCAUUGACAUUUUAUUGUUAAAUGAAGUACAUAUUUUAUGUGUAUAGCAUUGGGACUUAUGUGCAGUUUGAUCAUUUUAUUUCAGAUUUAUUAUAUGGUGUUAUUGGUUUAUCUUCUAGUGGUGUGUUGCAAUUCGUACUCAUGAAUCAACCCGGGAGUGAUUUGCCUGAAAACAUUUCGCUAAUACAAUACAUUGUCCCCAAGUGGCUCCAGUGGUGUUAUAGGUCAACAGUGUUCAGGUUUUACAUCAAUCUUGGAGUCACUCUUUGACACGUUAUGGACGGGGGUGUCACACUUGGACACCGGUUACGGACCAGAUUGUCACACUUGGACAGUAAGCUAACUAACCAAUAAUUAUCUACAGUCCAUAUUCUCUGUGUGCACAAACUGAAUGAUGUCUCAAGAGACACAACUCAUGUUCAGGGUGUGGUCAAACAUCUAGCUGGUCUACACAGAGGCUGGUCAAACAUCUAGCUGGUCUACAUAGAGACUGGUCAAACAUGCAUCUAGCUGGUCUACACAGGCUGGUCAAACAUCUAGCUGUUCUACUUAGAGACUGGUCAAACAUCAAGUUGGUCUACACAGAGACUGGUCAAACAUCUAGCUGGUCUACACAGAGACUGGUCAAACAUCUAGCUGGUCUACACAGAGAUCCCAGGUUAUUCCAUUUAACAGUUAACUACGUCCAUCUUGUCAUUGGGUUUUGGGGGGUUAUAUUGGAGUCAAUGAGCAGAUGUUUCAAAUGAAUAUGAAUAUGGGCAUUACAGACUACAUUGGAGUUGCAGCAAAUAUUCUUUUAGACCUAAUGAAAUAUUUUAGGUAAAAAGAGAGAGCGGAGGCUGUAAUAUCUGCUGUAGUCGGAUGCAUGAUUCUGCCUGCAAAGGUUGUGUUAGCUGGUUCACUAUUGUCUGUUAAAAUAUUUGCAUUUUGUUUUCAUUCGUUUGCUGCAGCAUUGAACAGAAUCAUUUAAGUUCCUUGACGUUAUCGCUAGAAAGUUCUUAGAGGCGAGACAGAUCUCACUAAGUCAUUGUUUUCAUGCUACACUGUGUUUAUUCAGUCAAUACACAUUGUAUUUAUAAAAUACCCACAGUAAAUACUUGUAACAAAUUAACCGAUAAAUAUGUCCAUUUAUUUAACAGAUGGACUAAAAUAGUUCAAGAGGGAGGGGGGCAAGUAUUUGUACAAGUAUCACUUGUCCCCAACUUGUAUUUUCAUGAUUCAAAUAAAACUGUUUUCUAUGAAAAAUCCAAGGGGGGCAACUGCUGUGCUCGCAAAAAGGUGGGUGUAUCCUGCCCCAUUGUUUGCACCCAUCACAAACACAUGCACAGUCAGGUCAAUUGUAUACCUGAAUAAACUUGGGAUAAUUUUUGGAUAUUAGUGGACAUUCAACAAAAGAGCAGACAGUCCUCCAAGUGCGGACACACAGGGUUGAUAAUCAAUCAUUGGUUGUGGUUGAAACUUAUAAGUAGUUACCUACAUUUAUUUUCUUUCUGUGGUGGGUUAAAUAUUCAUCAUCAAUAGCAGGGUCUUUAUAGCAUCAAUAACACAGAUCAAUACGUUCCUAUUGUUGUAUGAACAUUAUCUUCCCCCUUGAAAGCCUAGACUUGCCAUGGUUCCUGCCACCCCCGAGUCAGAGAACUAGACUGGCAAAUUGGCAGUCCCAGCUAGUGUCAUUCAGAAACAUUUUGCUUGUCUGCCAAAUGAAAUUUAAACACAUGGCAAUCAAGUAGUUAAGUGUUUCAUUAACUGCACAAACAGAUUGUCUAAGAUGUGCACACACAAACCAAAAGUUACAAAGUGUAGAGUAGUCUCCCUUUAAUCAUAUGAUAGUGUUGUACUUGAACUCAUCAGAGACAGGUGAGCUGGUAUGUUCUCGAGACACGGGGAAACGUGUUCAGAAAUGAGAAGGUUGUUGUGAUUUACCUCAGUAGUCAAGUACAUUUAUGCAUUACUCAGUCAUAGUUACAAUAUGAUCCGUCCUCGUACUGAUUCUAAUCACACCGUGACCGUCAUGAUCACAGCACAUCUUGCAAUAACAGACACAUGAUCAUGCAGUUCUGUUAUACUUAUUCAUUUGAUGAUUUUUGCAUGGGGCUAAUUAUAAAUGUCUUGCAUGCAAUCGUCUUUAAUUGGUAAAACAAAUUCAUUUUUUAUCAUUUAUUUAUUCCGAUUCUAAGGUAGGACCCUCCAUUUUGUCCUACAUGCUAUUUGUUGUACAGUUUAAAACAACUUUUGAAUGCAUCGUUAUCCCAAUGAUGAUAUGGCAGAGACCAGUUCCAAAGUUGAUGUCAGUUGAAAAUCUUAAUUCCUUAACUUUAGGGAUGGGGGGUAAAUGGCCCUGCAAGUUUUCCAUGCAACAAAAUCAACUUUCCUGAUUUCUCAGUGUUUUAUAUUGUAACCAGCAAUAGUGGGAAGUCCAUCUCGAGCAGCGUGUCAUAUAGAAUGGCAGAUUUGAUCUAUAAAAACCCUACGAAUGGUUUUCAACACAUAGUCAUGGGUGGAUACAGAAGUGUGUGUGUGGGGGGGGUGCGCACCCGCCCUUUUUAUUUCGAAAAAAAUCUUUAUUUCUGUAUAAAUAACCACCAAAGACAAUAAAUAGAUCUUAAUUGUGCACCCCCCCUUUUCAAAAAAGCUGUAUCCGCCCAUGCAUAGUAAAUAAACUUCAGUCAAUAAACAUUCUGAAAAUGCUGGGGAAAACACAAGAAUGAUUGACAAAAGAGGACACAAAACUCCGGACUUCAACAUUUCCUAAGUUUAGUUUUUUGUAGGGGUUGGGGGUGUGUCUAAAAAUGUUUAGCUGCCCUCCAUGUCAGAAUGACGAGAUCUCACGGUAUUGGAACAGCUGUUGUCUAUCAAUUUUGAAUUUGUUUGAAUUCUUUUACAAUGUCAUAUGAAAACAUGUCGGUAAGAUACAUUUGUUGUAGCAGGAUGUCUCGGGGUACAUGGGGUUUUCUGCGUCCCUCUACAGGUUUUAUACCCCUCGCCUCCUGGCCGUGGUACUUCAUGUACCCGUGACCCUGCUACAACUUACAAAGGAAUUAAGUUUUGGAACCGACAUUGAACCUUCGAGCUGGUCCCUAUUUUGAUGGAAUAGUCCGAAACAUUGGAUAUACAACAGUUUUGCUGUCUACUUCUUCAUAUACAUAUAUACAGAGGGUAAUAUAGUACAAUAACAACCACUAUGUCAAUUGUAUUGUCAAUCAUCAUGUCAAUCGCAAUGGCAACCAUUAGGCAAAUUACAAUGCCAAUCAUUAUGUCAAUCACAAUGGCAACCAUUAUGUCAGUCGCAAUUGUGGCACACAUAAAUAAUAACUGCACUUAUGACAAACGGAGAUAAACCUCUAUUUUUAUUGUUUGUUGUACAGAUUUAUUACAAGCCAAUUAGCAUUUUGGGUGAAUAGAAAAUAAAGAAAAAAAUCACCUAGUGCAGCUCA